UCAACUCACCAAGUCUCAACAACAGUUCUUGAAAAACAACCAAAUGUGUGCUGUCCACAGGAACUCAAUGAGCUUCAGGGACAGAUCAAGGACACCUCAGUCAUCGUGGAGAUGGACAACAGCCGCGACCUGGACAUGGACUCUAUUGUGGCUGAAGUCAGAGCUCAGUAUGAGGAGAUUGCCAACAACAGCCGAGCUGAAGCUGAGAAAUGGUACCAGCAAAAGUUCCAGGAGAUGCAGAGUAAUGCAAAUCAAGCUGGAGAUGACCUUCGCAUCACCAAGAUGGAGAUUUCUGAGCUCAACCGCAUGAUCAGCCGCAUCCAGAAUGAGAUCGAGGCUGUCAAGGGACAGCGCUCCAAUGUGGAGGCCCAGAUCGCAGAGGCAGAGGAGCGUGGUGAGAUGGCGGUGAAAGACGCCAAGCUCCGUAUCAAGAAUCUGGAAGAGGCCCUGCAGAAAGCCAAACAGGAAAUGGCCAGACAGAUCCGCGAGUACCAGGAGCUCAUGAACGUCAAGCUGGCUCUGGACAUUGAGAUUGCCACCUACAAGAAGCUUCUGGAAGGAGAAGAGUGCAGAAUUUCCUCCGGUGGUGGCGCCACAAACAUCCGGGUGCAGUCUUCAAGCUCCGGUGUUGGGGGCGGUGCAGGUAUGGGUGCUGGCAUGGGCUUCGGCGUUGGCGGAUCAGGCUUUGGAGGAGCCAUCCUCUACGACCCUGGUUUUACUGUUGGUGGAGCUGGAGGAUAUGGUGCCAUGAGUUCCAUGAGCACCAGCAGCCUCAGCUCAAAAAAGACCGCCCUGAUCACUAAUACCCGUUAUUAAUAAAAAAUAUCCACAUUACUCGACUGCUUUUCUCCAUGCAUAUCCCACUCAAACUUUCACAACCCCAACAUGUCUUCAUAUCAUUUCUUGACCACUUACACCACCUGGGUGUGCUGGUGUUCAGACAAAACCAUAUAUAUGGUUUCUUUUGAUGUAGUUCUUCCUGUUCUACAAAUGAUAAACAACAAUGUGAAAGCCUGACUGGUACUACCAGAUUGACAUUUGAUUGUACUAUUGAAACAUCUGUAAUAAAUCUUUCAGCAUUCACA